AUGAAGAUAGGGGACUCUCUGCCUGUCAGUUCUUUUGACUUUUUACAUCGUUAUCACUUUGAAUAUGAGCAAGAAAAAGCUAUUGCUACUACAACGAGAAACAGGGAGAAAGAUUUCCGUCAGUUUACGGUGAGAAGCAACGAGCGGGUUACUGCUGUGGACCACUUCCAGGAUGUUGUUCAUGAAAAUUCUCCUGUUUUCGAAAUUCGUUUUACUUACAGACCUGGUGAUAUCCUUUGGGUGCAUCCGCAUAAUUUGAAUGAAUCGUUGGAUAUUGCCAUCGAAGCACUUGCAUACAGUGAUACCGUUUUAGACAAAAAAAUUUUUAUUAAACCAAAUGAUCCGAGUAUCCAGAAACCAUCACCAUGUUUGGUGAAGGGCAAGUUACCAACAACCUUUUUAGAACCAACGACGUUGCGUUACUGUUUGACGCGGUAUCUAGACCUGCAAAUGGUUCCACGCCGUUCUUUCUUUAAAAAACUGGCAAAACUUUCUUCAAAUUUAAUGGAAAGAGAAAAGCUGGAAGAAUUGGGAUCUCCUGAAGGAAUUGACGCUUAUUUCGACUACUGUGUAAGACCAAGACGAACAGCCGCCGAAUGCUUGCGUGAUUUUGGUGAUACAGCAAAAAAUCUUGCGCCGGAAUCGUUGUUUGACAUCCUACCUCCGAUAAAACCAAGAGCAUAUAGCAUAGCGUCAUGUCCAGGAAAACAUCCGUAUAUUGAAAUACUAGCUGCGAAGUUAGGGUGUCGUGACAUUCUAGCGUAA